AUGAGUCAGGCUGGAGCUAAUUGUAAUGGAAAGAUCUGGUUUUUUGUAGCAGACAAUAUAGAGGUGGAAGUUCUUUCAGAUAGUGAGCAACAUAUUUCUCUAAAAUUGCUCUUUCAAGAUACUGGGGGAGACUUCAAUGUGGUGUUGAAUGAGGAAGAGAAAAUUGGAGGGAUACCUGUUCUUGCUCAAGAUAUUGAAGAUUUUGCUUUUUGUAUCAACUCUUGUGAAUUGGAGGAAAUUCAGUUCAAGGGCAGCCCUUUCACUUGGUGGAAUGGGAGAGCAUCUAAUGACUGUAUCUUUGAAAGAUUAGAUAGAAUGCUGGUGAAUACAGAGUUACAAAGCUGGUUUAGUCAUAUGGAGGUGGAACACUUGGCUAGAACUGGAUCAGACCAUGCUCCACUCUUAUGCACUUAUGGGGAAGACACUCAGAAUCAAUACAGACCUUUUAAAUUUCUCAAGUUUUGGGUGGAACAUGAAUCAUUCCUUGACACAGUUCAGCAGAAUUGGCCUACUUGGAUGCAUGAAGACCCUUUUAUCAGUUUCAAGCUGAAGUUGAAGCAUAUGAAAGGGGUGUUAUCUCAAUGGAGUAGAGCUACUUAUGGUGAUAUCUUCAAGCAACUAAUCAUCAGGGAGGAAAUAGUUAGAAUUAAGGAGAAUUUGUUUGAAGAAUGUCCUAGUAGUGGGAACGGAAGUGUGCUUCAACAAUCCCAAGCUGAACUCAAACAGUACUUACACUAUGAGGAGGAAUAUUGGAGACAAAAGCCAGUGAAAGGCAGGAGGAAAAGGCUACAAAUCCAGAGAAUUCAAGAUCUUGAUGGCAACUGGUUAGAUAAUGAAGAGGAAAUGGCAAAUGAAGCAGAGAGUAAUGAAAUGUUAUGUAAGGUUCCUUCUAAUGAGGAAGUGAAAGCAGCUGUGUUCAACCUCAGUGGUUCUAGUGCCAGUGGACCAGAUGGCUUUUCAGGUUUAUUCUAUCAAGUUUGUUGGUCUAUUGUAGAAGCAGAUGUGAUCAGGAUGGUACUUGCCUUUUUCCAAGGUGCUACUCUUCCAAAGUCAAUCACACAUACUAAUGUGGUCCUGAUUCCUAAGAAAGAGAUGGUACAAAGUUAUUCAGAUUUAAGGCCAAUAAGUCUGAGUAACUUCAUUAAUAAAGUCUUAUCCAGAGUUCUGCAUGACAGGUUAGAGAAGGUCCUUCCUACUCUAAUCUCUCCUCAUCAGGCAUGUUUUGUGAAGGGUGGGAGUAUAAUUGAAAAUGUUUUGCUCACACAAGAAAUUGUCACAGAUAUUAGGAAGAGGGGCAAACCAGCUAAUGUGGUCCUAAAGCUAGAUAUGGCAAAGAUGGGAUUUUCAGAAGGGUUCAUUGAUAAGAUAUGGAGACUGAUAGCAAACAACUGGUAUUCAAUUUUGUUUAAUGGAAAAGCUAGAGGUUUCUUUCACUCCACAAGGGGAGUCAAACAAGGUGAUCCUUUGUCACUAGCCUUGUUUAUAUUGACAGCAGAAGUGCUUUCAAGGGCAUUGAACUCAUUGCAUGACAACAGUUUGUAUGUGGGGUAUGGAUUGCCUAAAUGGAGUGCCAACAUCAAUCAUCUUGCAUAUGCAGAUGAUACCAUAAUAUUUGCAUCUGCUGAGAGGAAUUCCUUAAAGAUGAUCAUGGAUAUUCUCAGAGACUAUGAAGCUAUAUCUGGUCAACUGAUUAAUAUUGAAAAAAGUGCCUUCUACAUGUACCAUAAAGUGGCAGAUAGAGUGAUGCAGGAUGUGCAGCAGGUGACAGGUUUCACAAAGGGACAAUUCCCUUUCAAGUACUUAGGGUGUCCCAUUUUUCAUGCUAGAAGGAAGAAAGUCUACUACCAAGAUCUCAUCAAGAAAGUGAAGGAUAAAUUGCAGAGUUGGAAGGGCAAGUUGCUGUCAUAUGGUGGUAAGGCUGUGUUGAUAGGGAGUGUUCUUCAAAGUGUGCCAGUGUAUGUGCUAUCUGCUGUAGUACCUACUAAAUACACUCUAAAUGAACUCCAUAGGAUCUUUGCUAGGUUUUUCUGGAGUAAUAAGGAAGAGGAUAAAAGCAAACAUUGGGUAUCAUGGAAGAAGAUUUGCAUGCCUAAAGCUGAGGGUGGACUAGGAUUUAGGUCCUUUUUUGAUAUUUACAAAGCUUUGUUUGCUAAGCUAUGGUGGAGAUUUAGGACUUCAAAUUCCUUAUGGUCUACUUUUCUAUGGAAUAAAUAUUGUAAGAAGCUUAAACCAACAAAGGUACAAUGGAAGGGUGGUUCACAAGUAUGGAAAAAGAUGUUGGAAGCCAGGGAUCAAAUGGAUCACUUUAUUUGGUGGGAACCUAGAAGUGGUUCAUGUGAUAUCUGGGAAGAUAACUGGACUAGGUUGGGGCCUCUCAGGGAGGUUUCAAGCUCAGAUCACAAUUUAGAAGAGUCAGAGGAAACAUUGCAACAUCUUUUCUUAACUAGUAAUUGUGCAGCAGAAGUGUGGCAGUACUAUACCACAGUAGCAUGUAUCAUAGACCCUCUAAUACAGUUACAUCAAGCAGUGGUAAAAUGGUGGAAUAUGAAGUGUGCAGUUAAGUUAAAACCGAUUUUUGAAGCAAUGCCAUCAUUCAUCUGUUGGCAGUUGUGGAAGAGAAGAAAUGCACUGAUGAAUGGAGCACAGAUGAGUAAGAGUAAAGUCAUCUACUGCAUCAAUCAGAACAUUCACAACCUGAUAAGUAGCCUAUAUCCAUGGUUGAAGAAUGUUCCACAUACUUGGCCUCAGAUGGUACAGCUUUUAGAAGGACUCAAUCCUAGAUCAGGAAGUCAAAUGGUACAAUGGAGAUGCCCAAGUGCAGGGUGGUAUAAAUGUAAUACUGAUGGUGCAUCAAGGGGUAAUCCAGGCCAAAGUUCAGCUGCAUUUUGCAUUAGAGAUGAAAGAGGUGAUCUGAUUCAUGCUGCUGCUAGAAGAUUAAGCAACACAACAAAUAUAUGUGCAGAAGCAACUGCAAUUCAUGAUGGUCUGCAAUAUUGUGUUAAUAACCAUGUGUUACCUGUGAUCAUGGAAACUGACUCUCUAGAUACGGUGAACAUCAUUCAAGGAGACUGGGAAACUCCUUUGAAAGUUAGUAUGGAGGUGCAAAAGAUUAAAGAAUGGAGAAAGAGAGGACAAGUCCAGUUUGUCCAUGUUCUGAGGGAGGACAAAACAAUACAAUGGCAGAUUUUUUAG